AUGCCACGACCGGUCUUGAAGGAUAAUUUCAAUAUCACUUAUAGAAAGAUUCCGGUCCUGGCAAUUGGACGAGAGAUUUACAUCGACACUUCCCUGAUCCUCGAAGCGCUUGAGCACCAAUUCCCCUCCGCACAAGGCUAUGGAACACUCUACCCAUCUUCCACGGCGUCCUUUCGCCCACUGGUCCGUGGGUUUGCCUCAUACUGGACUGACAGGCCCCUUUUCCGCGUAACCACGGGCCUCAUUCCCUCGAGUGUAUGGCGUACGCAUUUUGGAGUCGACCGGUCGGAUUUGAUCGGUCACAAACUCGACGCCGAAAAGCUGGAGAGGAAAGUUCCUCAGAAUCUCAGCGGGUUGGAUCUGCAGUUGAGCUUGUUGGAGCCACUACUUGCUGACAAGGGUACAAAGACGUGGAUAUUUGGAGCCGAUAUGCCGAGUGCAGCGGACCUGGCACUGUGGUAUCAGCUUGAUUGGGGCGAGAAGAUCAGUCGCGGCGAAGGGAUUGAGAAUCUGACAGGUGGAGGAACGAAGGAUGGGGAUGGGGAGGGAAUAGGGAGAGUGUUCAAUAAAGACCGAUACCCAGGGGUCUUUUCUUGGUUUGAGCGCUUCAGGAUAUAUGUUGAUGGAUUGCCGAGCACGGAGACUAGGAUCGAGAGGGACGAUGCACAGAGCGUGAAAAGACUCAUGGAGCAACUGAAGCAGACACCGUUGCGAGAACAAACGCUUCUGCUUGCUACUCCGGCUUGUCCUCAUUACGACCUUGAUAAACGCAAUGGUCUUGUUGCAGGUGCGGGAGUGAGCAUCGCUCCUGAUGAUACUGGAAGGGACAGUCCCACGGUAGGGACACUGGUGGCUCUCACACCGGAAGAAGCGGUCAUCACACCUCAGCAGACAGGUUCUGAAACCUACCCAGCUGUGGGAGAGGUGAGGGUUCACUUUCCUCGUGUCGGGUUUGUGAUCAGGCCUGUUGGGCAAGCGAAGCUGUGA